CUGCAUUUCAAUAAAUAAAUUUUCGGUGUAUAUAAAGCCGUUGUACAUCAAUUAUUGUUGCAUAAAUCGCAGUGCUGUGUAAUUUGUGAGAUCCAAAAUAAUGAAAGCCAUCACAUUUUGCGCACUAUUUUUCUUUGCAUACGCUGCAUCCGAAUCAACCGAAAAACAAAUACCCAUCAUAAGUCAAGAGCAGGAAGUGAACUUCGAUGGAACCUAUCAUUCAUCUUACGAAACAGGAAAUGGCAUUUUGGUACAAGAGAAGGGGGAAUUAAAAAACGCCGGAGACAAGGAAAAAGAAGCCGAAGAGGUGCAAGGUUCGGUGUCAUGGACCGCUCCGGACGGACAACAAAUAAAAUUAGACUAUGUGGCGAACGAAAAUGGAUAUCAGCCUAAAGGGGCUCAUCUCCCUGUAGGGCCUGAGAUUCCGGCGCCAAUAUUGAGAGCCCUCGAAUGGAUAGAGGCCCAUCCACCUAAAGAUAAUGAAAAAUUUUAAGUUAAUUAAUUAAAAUUCGUUGUUUGAAUUGAUUUAAAACUGAUGAUCUACACUAUUAUUAAAAUAAAUUUGCAACUUGUCAUUUUUUGAAUAAGGAUAAUAAAUUAAUUAUCAAA